UCCACUGCACGGCUGACCGCGUCGUUGCCCCGCAGCCCCGAGACCGACGGCCGCGCCCUGGAAGCCCGCCUGGAGGCCCCAGCGGGAAACGCGGGACGAGACACCCCAUGGCGGAGCAGCUGGCCCCAGUGAUUGGGGGCGUGGCAGGGGGGCUGCUGCUGCUGCUGCUGAUCGGGGUGAGCUGCUAUCUGUGGAAGAGGCUGUGUGCCACUGUCACCUAUGAGGAGCUGCCAGGGACAUCAGCCAUGACCCCCACGGCCACCUGUGGUGGGCAGCCGCAUGCCAGGACUCCACCGAGGAGCCCACCCGAUGUGCCGUUCGUGGUUCCCCCUUCCCUGCAAGGCCGAGUCCAGGUGCCCCUGCGCAGAGCAGAGUGGGCCCAGGCCCCGCGGGACAGCUGUCCGGCCCUGGAGCUCCCACCUUCCACCUCCAGCAGCAAACGUGGAGAGGCAGGUGUCGUAGGGACCAUCAACCCGGAGCUGUACACGGUGCCAGAGGACACGAGUGAGACGGACUUCCCCGACGGCUGUCUGGGGCGGCUGUGGUUCUGGGUGGAGUACCAGCAGGAGGCCGAGCGGCUGCUCGUGGGCCUGGUCAAGGCGCGUCGGCUCCGCGCCCCCACGGACACCUGCAGCACUGUGGUGAGGCUGCACCUGCUGCCCGACGAGCGGCGCGUCCUCCACACCAAGACCAAGUGCAGAGCCUCCAGCCCCCAGUUCGAGGAGCACUUCAUCUUCCAGGUGUCCAGCAGGAGCGUCACCCAGAGGGUGCUGAGAUUCUCAGUGUACCACGUGGACAGGCAGAGGAGGCACCAGUUCCUGGGCCAGGUGCUCUUCCCCCUGAAGAGCGAGACCCUGGCGGGCGACUGCCGGCAUGUCAUCUGGAGAGACCUGGAGGCCGAGAGCCUGGAGCCGCCCUCGGAGUUCGGGGACCUGCAGUUCUGCCUCAGCUACAACAGCUACCUGAGCCGCCUGACGGUGGUCGUGCUCCGUGCCCGGGGCCUCCAGCUCCGAAACGACAGGGGCGUUGUCAGUGUGCUCGUCAAAGUGUCUCUGAUGAAUCACAACAAGUUUGUCAAGUGCAAAAGGACUUCGGCUGUGCUGGGCUCUGCCAACCCCGUGUACAACGAGACCUUCAGCUUCAAAGCCACCGCCACGGAGCUGGACACCGCCAGCCUCAGCUUGAUGGUGCUGCAGAGUGCAGAAGGCGACAAGAGCCUCCAGCUGGGCCGGGUGGUGGUGGGCCCCUACAUGUACGCCCGCGGCAAGGAGCUGGAGCACUGGGACGCCAUGCUGAGCAAGCCCAAGGAGCUGGUGAAGCGCUGGCAUUCGCUCAGCUGUCCCACCGAGCCCUGACCGGCCCCAGGACGUGCCCGCCGUGCUCACAGGUGUGCCUGACAGCCACAAACAUCACCUGGCUGCCAAGCUGGCCAAGCAGAGGGACGUGAGUGCUGAUGUGCAGGGCAGAAGGGGACAAGGAAGGCCUGGCCCGUCAAUGCCUGUGGCCAGGGGACAUUCCCAGCAUGCCUCACUUCCUGACCUGUGGGGCUGCCUGGGCUUGGAAUCCUGGCUCCUGCUCAUCAAAGCCCUGACCUGGACCAGAAUCUCGGGUGCUCAGAAGGAAUGCACUGUUCAGUGACAGCAUGGCUGUCUGUGCCGGAUGGAAGUGCAGGGGGAACGGGCAUGGCCAUCCUGGAACGCUGAUGUGCUGACACUAACCCACGCUCUGCCUUCUGCCUGGCGGGGAAGACGCUGCUCUGCAGGAUAACAGAACAACGGAGGAGGCAGUGAGCAGCCCGCUCAGGUACCACACAGUGGACGGGCUGGCAAGGCAAGGUCGUGCCGCAAGGUUCUCCCUGGGUCUAUGGCAGACCCCACCCACAUCAGGCCAAGUCUCGCCUAUAGCCCGCCCCAGAGUGCAGAACCUCAUACCCCAUCUUGCAGGCAUCCUGCUGUUGGUGUCAGUGGGCCCGUGGUUAACACAGAUCAGUUCCUGGGGGUCUUGCACUUGGGGUUGGAAGCAGUGAAAGCACUUCCCAGGCCGUGAGCUUCUCCUGUAAACCUCUGGACUCCAGUGUGACCACUGUGCUGUGGUAGGUGUCAGCGAAACACUCUAAGGUGGCAUUUCCCACAGCUGCCAGUUCACCUCCCGGUUGGGACACCCCAGCUGAAGAGAAGCCAUGUUUGUCACUAGGACUAUAACAGGUAUUUGUGUUUGCAUCCCGGUGGAGGAGCUCUCAGGGAAGGCUCUGUCCCCACAUGACUAAGACAAAACUCUGAGCCAGCAACUCUCUUUUUCAAACACAGUGAAGCAUCUCAGUAAGAGAAGGUGGUGACUACUAUGCUGAGAUUAUGCCUCUUCAGUUUCACCUCUGAGCUCUGUCAAUGCACAAAUGCAAGGUUAGCUUGGCAGUUGUCUAUAGGGGCAGAAUAUCUUGUGUUUGCUUUUCCUCACCUAUUUCACUUCACAGUUUCAAGUUAUCCACAAAGCUGCAGCGCCUAGUGGCUUCAUAGCAUGUACAUAGCAUGCACAUAGUAGGAGUCCUCUGCAUAAUCACAGAGCAGGCUACUGAAACGGAGCUGGCAGCCCGAUAGGUGUCAACCACCUCCACAUUCUAGGUGAGAUCCAUCACCAGCAGCGGCCUUUCUAGGGCCACUUAGAAAAGUCAGUUAAUGUCUUCUUUAAAAAACAGAGUGAACUGCUGUAGCCAACUCAUUUCUGAAAAGUCGAAAUGGCAAGAGAUUAGCAAGUUUUCUGCUCUGAUAGGGAAAAAGAAGGGUUGCUCCCCUGCCUACAGAUGUGGUCAGUGCAAGAAAUACCCUCAAGCUUCCCAUGGACCAGAGAGCGGGCCUGGAUUGUCUCAGAUCUUGUCCACAAGAUGUCUCUGGAAGAAAGGAGCACCCUUUGCAUUUCCAUAAAAUAUGUUGGAACCAUUGGGUCAAUUUCCUAAAAAUAAAAUGUUUAGAAUUGGAUUGGGUUUCAUUGACUUUGAAAAUCAU